UGCAAGGUGAAACCUUGCUUGUAGUACGGUGGUGCAGCAUUUAGUUUUGCAGCUCGGCUCAGGGAAAGGACUGGUCCAAGUCUGAGAAGAACCGCGAAUUGCGAAUGAAGGGAGAGGGCAAGAUUGGGGGCUGGAUUGGCGCCAUUCUGUACAUGGUCUUGGGAUUCUUGAAGGAGGUUCUUUUCACCAUUGUCCCUCAGAAGAACGUGGUCUUCAACGGUGAUCGUGUUGGACUCACCCGCUCAGCCAUGUUCCUCUUUGUUUUCAUCAUUAUCCACGCAGUUGGAAACUUGCACGUCUUCCUCGGACCGGAUGACUUCAACGGCUACGGCUACUUCUACGUCCGGCUGUACUGGACCGGUUUCGGUAUGAAGGCCAACAUUGUGGAGGAGUACAUCCUCUUGGCCGCGUUGCUGCACGUCGUAGUUGCGCUGAAAAGAACGUGGGACAUCAGCAUGAACUACUCUGUGGCUUCUGGCAAACUGAACCUCGCGUUCUCAGGUGUUACUUUGCUAACCUUCAUGAUGAUCCACUUGUACCA